ACUGUCAUAUUUUCUACACGUGCCGUUGUUCAGUUGAUAUUUUAGUGGGUUUUCAUCGUUUGAAAAUAUUUUAUUAAUUUUAUUCAUAUUUUGUGUAUGAAAUAUUGAAAAAUGGCAAAGAAACAAGUAAAACGAAAAGCCACGGAAUUUGUUGACAAGAAAAAAGUGAAAGAAACAGAGAUUAAGCCUGCCGAUGAUGAUGAAGAAGAGAACUUGCAAGAGGAUUUGCUGCAGAAAAUUUCAAACGAAGACAAUGAUAGUUCCGACGAUGAAGGAACAGAACAAAUAUAUCAAUCUGAUGACAGCGACGAGUUGGAAUUUGAAAGCGACGAAGAGGGAAAUUAUGCAUCCAAAUGGGACGAGGGAGUCGCAUCUGAAAACAGUGAAGAUGAAGAAGCGGAGUCGGAGGAUGAAGACGAAAUAAACGAGUCAGAUAUUGAAGAUAUUUCUGAUGAAGGUGAAGAAGACAGCGAUGAAGUUUCUGAUGAAGAAAUAGCUAAAGUUAGCGAUGUUGUAAAAAAACAAAAAUCAGAUAAAAAUAAUGCAAAAAAAGAGACAGAAUCUAGCACAUCUGCAAAACUGGUGAAAAAGCUUGAAGUGCAAAAAGUCAAAACAAACCAAGCUUUAAAUGAAUUUAAAGAAGAGCUUAAAGAUCCCAAUAAUGCGUCAACUCCAACAGUUCAAAAGGAAGAAUAUGAUGGUGAUGAUACUUCGGAUGAGGAAGACAUACGAAACACUGUUGGAAAUAUUCCGAUGCAUUGGUAUGAUGAAUACAAACAUAUUGGUUAUGAUUGGGAUGCAAAGAAAAUUAUAAAACCAUCUAAAGGAGAUCAAAUUGAUGACUUUUUGCGAAAAAUUGAAGACCCAGAUUUCUGGCGUAGUGUUAAAGAUCCUCAAACUGGACAAGAAGUUGUACUUACCGACGCUGACAUUGAACUUAUUAAACGCAUUAAUUCGGGACGAGUACCCAAUGCAGAACAUAAUGAAUACGAACCAUGGAUAGAAUGGUUCACAUCUGAGGUGGAGCGAAUGCCGAUCAAAAAUGUGCCCGAUCAUAAGCGCUCAUUUUUGCCAUCCUCAUCAGAACGUAAGAAGGUUUCACGUAUGGUACAUGCACUUAAAAUGGGUUGGAUGAAAUCCAUGGAGGAGGUGGAACGUGAGAAGAAAGCAGCACGCGGACCAAAGUUCUACAUGUUAUGGGAAACCGAUACAAGUCGCGAGCACAUGCGUCGCAUACACGACCCUGUAUCAGCACCCAAACGUGAUUUACCAGGUCAUGCGGAGUCUUACAAUCCACCAGCAGAAUACCUAUUUGAUGAGCGAGAACAAAAGGAAUGGUUGAAACAGAAAGAUGAACCACAUAAGCGUAAAUUGCAUUUCAUGCCACAAAAGUAUAAGUCACUGCGAGAAGUGCCCGCAUAUCCACGUUUCAUACGUGAGCGUUUUAUGCGUUGCCUCGAUCUUUAUUUGUGCCCACGUGCUAGACGUACUAAACUAAAUAUCGAUGCAGAAUACUUGAUACCAAAAUUGCCUUCACCAAAGGAUUUACAACCGUUUCCAACAGUGGAGAGUUUGGUAUAUCGUGGGCAUACAGACUUGGUGCGCACUGUUAGUGUUGAGCCCAAGGGCGAAUAUAUUGUCUCUGGAUCGGAUGAUAAAACCGUUAAAAUUUGGGAAAUUGCCACUGGUCGUUGUAUACGUACAAUUGAGACUGACGAUGUGGUGCGCUGUGUUGCUUGGUGUCCAAAUGCGAAGUUAUCCAUUAUUGCAGUUGCCUCUGGCAAUCGAUUGCUAUUGAUUAAUCCCCAAGUUGGUGAUAAGCUGGUCAUAAAGAAAACAGAUGAUUUGUUGGCCGAAGCACCACAAUUAGACACAAUGGAAAGCGAGCGCAUCAAGACGGCGGUGCAAUGGUCUGUGGCGGAGAAGGAGGAGCAAGAAAAGGGUGUUCGUGUGGUUAUCACACAUUUCAAGCCUAUUCAACAAGUGACGUGGCACGGACGUGGUGACUACGUUGCCACCGUUAUGCCUGAGGGUGCUAAUCGUUCGGCGCUCAUUCAUCAGCUCUCCAAAAGACGUUCGCAAAUACCAUUCUCCAAGAGUAAGGGUCUUAUACAGUGUGUGCUGUUCCAUCCCAUCAAACCAUGCUUCUUUGUGGCGACACAACACAAUGUGCGUAUUUACGACUUGGUUAAACAAGAGCUAAUCAAGAAAUUGCUGACAAACUCAAAAUGGAUUUCGGGCAUGUCCAUACAUCCCAAAGGUGAUAAUUUGUUAGUCUCUACAUACGAUAAAAAGAUGCUUUGGUUUGACUUGGAUUUAUCGACGAAACCAUACCAGACUUUACGUCUGCACAAGAACGCUGUACGCAACGUAGCUUUCCAUUUACGUUAUCCACUUUUCGCUUCUGCCAGUGACGAUCUAUCUGUGAUAGUUUCGCACGGUAUGGUUUACAAUGAUUUGCUGCAAAAUCCCUUAAUAGUGCCCGUGAAGAAACUGCAGACCCACGAAGCGCGUGAAGAAUUCGGUGUGUUAGAUGUUGCUUGGCAUCCAGUGCAGCCUUGGGUGUUUUCGUCCGGUGCAGAUGCUACUAUUAGACUUUACACGUAGUUACAUGUAUUUUUUUAUUUGAUCAUUGAUUUAUUGCAUUCUUAAUUUAUGCAAGAAUAUAAAGAAUAGUAAACAAAGCUAAAUAAAAAUAAAAUAAAAGUGUUGUAAAAAA